UCGACACUGAUGAUCAUGAACUGAUGAUCAGUGCUGCCCACCAAUGCUGCCCAGCAGUGCUACCCAUCAGUGAUGCCCAGCAGUUGUGCCCAUCAGUGCCAUCCAUCAGUGUCCAGCAGUGCCUCCAGUCAGUGCCAUCAGUCAGUGCUGCCACAUCAGUGCCCAUCAGUGCUGCCCAUCAGUGACCAUCAUUGCAGCAUCAUCAGUGACUCCUCAUUAAUGCCCACCAGUGCCGCCUCAUCAGCGAAGCCUAUCAGUGCCCAUCAGUGCUACCUAUCCAUGCCACCUCAUCAGUGCCCAUCAGUGCUGCCUAUC